CUUGAUUUUUAAAGGAUGUUUUUGUUAAGCUAUUAUUUUCGUUGAGGUGCCAGGCACUUCAUAGGAGUGCUAUCAUUCUUCAAAGAUUGCUAAAGAAUCAUUUGAAGUAAUAGGAACCUUGGCACAGUUAGAGCCUUUGUAGGAGUUGAUAAAGUCAUAAAUAUAACCUCAGAGGAGACAUGAGAUAUAUUACAAGUAUUAGAGAAAUGAAGCUGCGGAUUAUUGUUGAUGGGAUUAACAAAGAAUUAUCUAAACUCCCUCAGGUCAUAGCUAAGUGUAUUGAAAAACAGGAAGGAAACAAAUUUAAUGGAUAGUUCUGGCAUUGAAUACACGGCAUUCCGGCUCAUACUUGGCAUGCUGGACACUUCCCCAGCCUUGGCAUCCUAAGCCUUGGCGCCAAGGUGUCCGGAUACUUUUGAAAUCCUGUUGUGCUGGGGUGUACCGACUGGCCCAGGGUAGACUAGAGUGCUGUACUCGUACUGUGCUGUACUCGAGUACCGACUAGUAUGAUACCACAACUUCGAGGGGCUCUAGUUGACAAACUAUUACUGGUACUGUACUCGGGUCUUUUCUUUUCUCCCUUCAUUUUGCCCCCGUCUACUCCCCAUCGACCUGUUCGUCUUUUCCUUUCCUUGCCAACUCGCUUGCUCUCGCCACUUUCUGUUCCGCUCCGACUCCUCCCCCUUUCUUGAGUUACGGGGAGAAGAGAGCGAGCGGGUGUGGGUAUAAGACGGAGUGGGAGAGAAAAAGAAAAAUAUAGAGGGAGAGAGGGAGAGGGAAAGAGAGCGGGGCUGAGGCACUUUCGGUCCUGCGUGUGUAACUUACCGUAUGUAUGGGAGUCAGAAGGUUACAACCUCUUCAUCCACGCGAUCCCUAAUAACUUACGGUACGGCUCUAGCUUGCUCCCUCGCCUUUCCCCCCUUUCAGUUCGUGCUACAAGGUUUGUUGUUUUCUCGCUUCUCCCAUCGCCCCCCUUCAUACUUACCUUCAUCGGCAGAGUUUGCAUUCUCACGGAAUCCUGACCUGUCUGAUUUUGUGUUCUGGGUUAGUUUCAGCCCUAUCCACUCUUUUAUUUUUCGACGCCGGACGCAUUUGAUUGUCGUCCCCGCAGCAGAAACUGGCCUUGGGCAACUCUUGCUCUCUCACCCUCUUCUUGUCUUGUUCGGCCUUUCAAUUAUUGCGAAAUUACUUGUUCUGAAUGAGCUUGUGACUCGUUCCCUUUCACCCCUCUGGUUGUAGUUGUUCACUCCUUCCGCAGGUUUGACGGUGCCUCAUAUCCUCCAUCAUGAGCAACGCAACAGGUAUGCUUGUCUGUAUUCGGCUUUAUACUCUCCCUAGUGCCGGGUUGACGGUUGGCUGAUUUUCGCAGCUACCACUCCUACUCCCAAUCCUCCCAAUACACAGACAUCCCUCGCUCCACCUCCUCCAAAUACGCAGAUAGAUACCAUUAUCACUACAGCCUCUACCUCCUCACGGAGAGUCACAACCACCGUUAUAACCUCUACCUCGGUUCCACCGACAACAUCACAUCCAGCCUCAAGGACCUCGAUAGUGUCAUCUUCCAGUUCGACUACAUCCAGUUCGGGUUCCGAUUCCGAAACAUCAGCAACCGCUAUCCCGGGUAAUGGUGGAGGUGGAGGUGGACUAAAUGGAACUACGAGGGUUGUUGUCGCAGUCGUAGUCCCGAUAAUUGGUGUCGCGUUAAUCGCAAUUGGAUUGUUAUUCCUUUGGAAGCGGCGGCAAAAGAGCAAGGCCGAUGCAGAAGCCCGCAGGAAGGAAGUUGAGGAAUACGGUUACAAUCCGAACCAGAGUCCCCACGGUGGCGCUGCCGCAGGAGCUGCCACGGCCCGGGGCGUUGAUGGUGAAGACGGGCAGUACGAGAUGGCAGAUAACGAGGCAAGCGGUUACCGGGGAUGGGGAUCGACAAACGGUGGGCGAAAGGUAUCGGGAAUGGGUUCAAGCGUUGCAACAAGUCAGCAACCACUAUCGCCGGUGGGCAUGGGCUUUUCUGAGGGAGGGUAUAAUAGACCUUUAGAAGGUCCUGAUGGGUAUGCGGGCGUAGCCGCAUCUCCGAGCGCAUCAACGUUUCCUGCAGGCAAUACACCCUCCACCGAUGGACACUCUAAUGCUCCUUUAAUUAACGGUCGUGGCAAUCCUCCUAGUACUGCAGAUUCUAGUGUUACCGGCGCCACGAACGGGCCCCAGACGGCGGAUAAUACGGAGGGAGUCCAUCGAGGCAUAUCCAAUGCAUCGUCCAAUUAUUCCGCUGUCACGCACUCGACACAAUCCGACACAGGCCAGCCCCUCUCACAUCAUGACGCGCAAUAUUAUGGCGCGGAUGCCGUCUACGGGGACGGAUACUACUAUUCUGGUCAACCACCCAACCAGUACCCCGAUAACGCGGGAUAUUCACAAGCUCCUGUGAUCAGGGAUGUCCAAGCAAGAAGGAACACACGCAUCGAAACUCCGACAAACACGCACUUCCCCCAGCAAGGAAACACUGGAAGUGGAAUCGCUCAGAACUUUUAA